AUGGAGUGUCAGCAAAGUGAUAGUAAACAAUUGUUCAAAGUAUUUGAUGCUUCAAAACGUAAGCGUACGAGAAAAAAGCGGGAUGUAGUGGACGACAACUCUUUAGCCACUGAUGACUCUAACAACGGUUCAAAAAUCAAUGGACUUCGUGCUUGUUCAGCAAAGGCAAGUUUGCAAAACACCACCACUGGCCCAGCUGACCUAACUGCAAACACAAACAGGGACCAUGAUAGCAGUCCAGCGAUGUCCAGGUCUCCUGUGGAAGUGCACCGAGCACCACGUUCGCCCCGGCGACACAGACGUGCGGCAGCGAGAGAUGGAAUAUCAUUAGCAUUAAAAGCAGGCCUGGUUUCUACACCUCGCUCGAUUUCUCCUUCCCAAGAAGAAGAAGCCGUUAUCGAAUCCGUGCCCCAGGAUCAGGAUUCUUUCAUUUAUCAAUUCUUAGAAGAGGCUAUAAAGAGAGAUAAAAGGAAACAGCGACAUUUGCGAAGGCAAGAGGAGCGAAGAGCGAGUCGUGAACGUGAAGCUUCUGCAACUCACGAGCAUCGCCACCACCAUCACCAUCGACGACCCCGCGAGGAAUCCGCGCCUCCUAGAGAUCGAGAUAAUCACUGCCCACGAACACAAGACCAUAUCACCGGUCCCGUAAUAGAUCAGACUGUUCUCAUAGAAACUUUUGCGAAAAUAUGUGCUCAAAUGAACAGCAAAGCUUCGCGAUAUAAAGAUAUCGAAGUCUCCAGAGCGCAUAGUCACAAGUCGUUGCAGUGCGAAGUAAUGCCAAGGCGGGAUUCUUAUGAUCCAGAUCGCUAUCCGUCUAAAGUCCAUAAUCAAAGGGAAAACACCUCACCAUCGAGAAUACGAAGUCAAGAGAAUUUUCGUAGUCCCGUGCGAGUUAGAGACAGUUGCACUGUACCAGAACGAAUUGAACACAAAAAUAGUACAGAGAAAUGUGUAUGUUGUUCCUCUCAAAACAGAAAUCACAAAUGUGAAAGUAAAUUGGAAGUGACAAAGUCUAGACCUCAUGUAAUCGACGAUAGAUAUCAUGCAUAUGCCCCAGAUGAUACACCAACUGGAAGUUGUAUUGACACCAGAUACGGCAUACGUAGACACGAACAAAGAGAAUUUAAAGAUUAUGUUGACAGAAGAGAACCUGUUAGAGAUAAAUACAUUGACGACAGAAGAAAAUGCUGUGAACAAAGAACCAGCAGAAGCUUUGAAAUCCAAAGGGAAUACGUCGAUGAUAUAAGACGAACGUCUAGAAGCGAUCCACAUAAAGAUAAACACUUCGAAGUACAAAGAAACAGACGUUAUGGCGAAAGAAAUAGAGACAGAUAUUAUGACGAGAAACUACUAGGGAUCGAACCUAGAGAUCGUACGUAUGGUUUAGCACAUAAAGAAAAAUCACGAAGAAACUUAGAGCAAUUCGAUCGAAAUUCAGUUGUUUCCAGGGAUGUCGAUGAUCGUGAUAGAUAUUCUGAAAAAGAAAGAGAUUCUGGUUUGAGUGGCCCAGACGGUGAAACAAGUACGAUGAGCGGUAGAAGUACUUACAUGAGAGUUGUUAAGCAAGAAAUUGCUGAACAACGGGAAGCGAUGGAUAAGAUGAUGAAGCUGUGGAAAGAACUAAUGCGAUGCUUCAAAGGAAUGUCGCAGACUCAGGGUCAAGAGAAGACCGUCCAGGACGCAGAGAAUGCCCGUGACUCGGCGGCAGCACAACUGCGACUCUGGCGCGAAUGUAUGCGACGUUACGAGACCGUGGCCAGGGAUGUCGGCGACACGGACGCCAGGCUCAUGGAGGAGAUCAAUAAGCAGCGUUCAGAAAUGGCCGAGAUGGCGACCAUGUGGCAGGAGUGUCUACAGCGGUACCGGGACAUGAGUAAUGAUUUCAACUCUCUCAAGAAACAGUUGGUGACUCCAGAAAGCCCUCAACGUGCGGCGCCGCCUCUAACUUGCGCUGAAGGAGAGAGUACUCUUCCCUCUGUACCGUACCGGCUCCCGCCUUAUCCACCAAUGCCGGCGGCGUGUCAGUAUGCGGCGGGCGCGGCGAGCGAGAGCGCGGCGCUGCAGGGGCGCGCGGCGCCGCCCGCCUGGUGGUGGGGCGCGAGCGCGCCGCGCCGCCGCUCCUCGCCGGACUCGCGCGCCUCGCCCGAUCGCCGCCCCCGCCGCAAGGACCGAGAAGAAUCUCGUUAUAAAGAAAAGUCGAAGCCAAACGCCGCGCGUUCCGAGCACAGGCACAGAAAAAGAUAA